GCUCGCGGGCGUGACGUCAGGUAUUGCACAACCGCCGGAAACCCCGACCUGACUCAAGCAUAUAUAGGUCGGCAGAUAGACUCUUUUACACAGUGCAGGGCUUUUGGGGCUUGUAUAGUUCUGUCAGAAAUUUCUUCUUUGUUAUAUUCUGUGUAAGAGAAGUACAGGAAUCCAUUUAACUUAUGGCGGAAGGAGGAACAGCGAACGAAAGUCGUCCCCUCGUAGAAGCGUCGCUAAAAGCCGGGAAGUACCCACCACCAUUGGAAUCUUCAGCGGAGGGAGACUCGAACCAAGUUGGAGACAUGUCUACGCAAGAAGAGGUCGAUCAGACGGAUGCCCCGAUAUGCGGCAUCUGUCUCAUAGACUGGCCCAGAUUAAGUCACGUGAUAGAGGAGUGUGGUCACGUGUUCUGUGAAGACUGCCUCAGCACUCAUUGUCAUUACGCCAUGGAACAGGGCACGUGGAUUAUUAAGUGCGCCGGAAGCGGAUGUGACGUAACUAUUUCAGCUGAUGUACUCUGGGCUGUGCUUGACGUGAAAACUUUCAGAAGGCAGCAGAAGAAGGCAGAAGAGCAAGAGACAGAGAGGAAAGUUCUGGCGGAGGAACGGGAGGUGGACUGGUGCCCGAAGUGUCGCGGGAUUUCUCGCGUGAGUUCGGAAGUCUACUCCGGAGGACGGCGUCGGGCAGACUGUGAGAAGUGCGGGCACGCGUUCUGCACCAGGUGCCGGGACUGGUGGCACGGAAGGUUAGGGCAAUGCUCUCACCGCGUCUGGAAGAACAAAAGAACAAGUUCCCGGAUCACGGUUUCCGGUGACACCGGGUCUGACGGGAUGGACGGAUGGGAAGAGAGAGUGAGAGGAAGAAAGAAGUACGACGCUCUCUCCAACAAACUCAUCAUGGACACAACAACACCCUGUCCGAAAUGUCACGUGCCGAUAUACAGGACUGCCGGGUGUAACAGCAUGUUUUGUGUCCGGUGCAAACACGGCUUCUGCUACGGCUGCGGAGCUCCAUCCACCACAUGUAGCUGCUACAGGCGGCAGACCAACCAAGAACCGCCGAUUGUAAACGCCGUCCGAGGUAUCCUGAAAGUCGACCCGACCGCAUUCGACCACGCCGAGUGCGCAGCCUGCCCGGCAUGCCAUCGGAUGAACCGGAAGCGAAACACCGACAACCACAUCCGGUGUGUCGUGUGCAAAACCAGCUAUUGCUUCACCUGCAAGCAGAGGCUCACGGGUAACGUCGGCAGCCAUUAUAAGAAGGGCAUGCGGUGUGUUCAGCACACUCCUACAGAAUCCACCAUCAGCUCAGAAGACGUCGUCUCCUGGUGCCAGGAUAUGUAUGGUAGCAGGGCGAACAGGUUGACAAAACUGAUCAAAGUCAAACCUGUGCAUAAACGACGCCACUUUGACCGUGACGUUGCCGAAAGUUUAAACUGGCAGAAGCACAUCUAUGACGCUGUAAAAGCCCUCGAGCUUGAACUCGAGGAAAAGGCGGUGAAAGAUUACAUGGAAAAGGUGAGACCGGGCGACGUAGUGCGCAAGGAUGAAGUCGUCCUAGCAGGAAACAGAAUCGUUGAAUUGUACUUGAAAUGAGGAAUUCUGAAGAAAGGGUCAGCAUUAUAGAUUCCCUUCCUUAAGGUACACGAGAAAUUUAUAUAUUUUUCGUGCAUUUUGAUAAACAGCUGAGUGUAGCUAAUCCCACAUUUGCACCGAUACUAAAAAGCAAGAAGAAGAAGAAUCUAUAGCUAUAUUCUGGACUAUACACCGACAUGUGUAUGUUUUAAACAUUACCUAAUAUGUCUUUGCUAACUUGUACUUUGCUGGAUGGUGCAAUAGAUUUAUCAGUUUAAGAACUGUAAAACAACAAAGAACAAUAAACGCGUUGGAGAACAUU